CAAUCCACAGCUCAGCAGCGUCACCUCCCAUGGCAAUGGCUUCUUGCUCCUCCUCCAGUUGCCGCAGAGGGCAGCUCGCCGCCGGGGUCGUCGUCGGCAUUGCGCUCCUCGUCCUCCUCGCCGGCACUGCCGACGCGUACCCGGGCGGCGGCGGGGACCUGAGGUACCAGUUCCUGUCGCAGCAGAACGCGGCGCGGGCGUCGAUGGGCCUGGCGCCGCUGGUGUGGGACGAGCGCGUGGCGGCGUACGCGCGGUGGUACGCGCAGUCCCGGCGCGGUGACUGCGCGCUGGUGCACUCGUCGGGGCCCUACGGCGAGAACCUCUUCUGGGGCAGCGGCACCGGGUGGGCGCCGGCGCAGGCCGUGGGCGCCUGGCUCUCGGAGCGCCCCCGCUACGACUACUGGAGCAACAGCUGCUACGGCGGCAUGUGCGGCCACUACACGCAGAUCAUGUGGCGCAACACCCGCCGGGUGGGGUGCGCCAUGGUCACCUGCUACAACGGCCGGGGCACCUUCAUCACCUGCAACUACGACCCGCCGGGCAACUACGUCGGCGUGCGCCCGUACUGAGCUGCAGCCACUGGCCGGCCGUCCGGCCGGCCGCCGGUGAUCACCUACUACCUCUCCCCAUGCUACUAUCGCCUUAAUCCAACAAGGCUCCGAGCUAGCUGGUUGGCUACAUUGCUGGCCGGCAUGUCGCAGCAGCCUGUCUCUUGCUGGCCCACCAUUAAUUUGUUGUCACUACAUUGAUCGAGAUGCUACAAGUGUACAAAAACGCAUCAUUAUUGUUACGGUGCUACUACUACUAUUUACCUUCUUCUUUUCCCCUGCCAAUAUACUAUCUAAAUAUAGUUUGAGAUAUUUUUUAUGAAAAUAGUUUUGAGGUUA